AUAUUGCCAUACUGAAGCAGAAUGGAAUGACUCUUGGCGGUUCUAGAUUUCUACACUUCUAUUUGUAAUUACUCCUGGUGCCAGAAAGAGUUUAUACAGUGCCAAGGCAUUGAUGGAGCAUUAGGAAUAAUGAAAUAAAUGGGAUGAAAGUCCAGGGCUGAAGCUUCCUCUCUGUUGUCUUUGGCAAGAAUGAUGUGUGCCUCUGUGUACGGCAGGCCUUUUUGAAUCCAGGAAGUCCAGGAAACACCCAGCCUUGAUAACAGCUUGGAGAAUGCUGGGACCAAAGGUAAAAGGACAGAAGCAAAACUCCACUCCAACAUGAAGGAUCCAUUGACAAAUUGCUCGUACAAUAAAGUAUACAAGGAGCUUAAGGAAGUUUCUCAAAAUGGAGAGAAUUUCUGCAAGCAGCUCACAUCCAUCCUUCAACAAAGGGCUAACCUAGAGAUUAGUUAUGCCAAAGGCCUUCAGAAACUGGCAAGCAAGCUCACCAAAGCACUACAAAGCACCAAGAAGAAUUGCAUCUGUGGUGCCUGGGCCUUUGCGUCUGAGAGCAUGAAAUCGGCUGCUGACUUGCAUCAAAAACUUGGAAAAGCAAUUCAAUCAGAAGCAAUAAAACCAACUCAUCAAGUCUUGAGCGCACAGGAGAAGAAGAAAAGAACGCUGGAUAAUGAAGUUGAAAAGAUGGCAAAUCUGGUCAUGAACAACUGGAGUCAGCAAAUUAAGGCCAAGAAGAAAUUAAUGGUGGAAACCAAGAAGCAUGAAGCUCUUUUCCAUUCUGUAGAAAGGACCAAGCAAUCAGUGACUGAGAAGGAGAAGCGGAAGCUGCUCGGUAAACUGAAAAAAUCAACAGAGAAGCUGGCAAAGGAAGACGAAAGCUAUUACCAAAAAAACAUUGCUGGUUACACAACCAGACUCAAAUGGGAAGUCACUUUACAAAACUGCUAUCAGAAUGUCCUAGACUUAGAGAAGGAAAGAAUCCAACUGCUGUGUAAUAUCCUAAACCAGUACAAUCAACAUGUUUCCAUUUUUGGACAAACUUUGACCACUGGUCACACUCAACUCCACUGUGCCAUCAGCAAGAUUGAUGUUGAAAAAGACAUUAGGACUUUAAUGGAAGAAACUUCCAUUUCAACUACAGAGGAAAAAUCUGAAUUCUUAUUAACGGACUACUUUGAAGAAGAUCCCACAAAUGGAAUGGAUAAAGAGAGACGAAAGUCCUCAAUAAAAUCAAAAUUGUCAAGACUAAAGGAAGAUAUUGAAAAAGCCUCAAGAGACAAAGAAGGUCUGGAACGAAUGAUCAAUGUAUACACAGCAAAUCCCUCCUUCACUGAUGCAAAGACUAAGAAAGAAACAGCAGUACUAAUAGAUGAGACCAAACUGAAACUAGACCUUCUACAAGCCAAUUUCUUCAAAUUGUCAUCCGUAUUGGCUGAACUUGAGCAGAGACCUAAACCAACACAUCCAUGCAUCUCUUGUAUCUCCAAGUGGAAAGAGAAGGACCAGACACACAGUUCAGUAAAAAUAUCACGUCCUUUUAUGACUAAGAAAUUAGAGAAUGUUGUGAGGAGAACAUCUUCCAGCGGACUGUUGAAUAAUCCAGGAUCUGUACCCUUAGCUUCAGGAAUCACCAGUCUUGGUAAUGGUACAUGCCAAGCCUUAUAUCCAUUUCAAGCCAGAGGAGAUGAUGAAUUAAAUUUGGAAAAAGGAGACAUCGUGACUAUAUAUGAGAAGCAAAAUGAAGGCUGGUGGUUUGGAUCCUUAAGAGGAAAAAAGGGCCAUUUUCCUUCUGCAUAUGUGGAAGAGCUACCUCUAAACAAUGGGGAAUUGUCUUCCAAGGCAUAAGAACCAAACCUGAUUGUGGCCCUCUGUACAUUUAACUAAUAGAAAUUAUCUUUCAGGAAUGGACAACUCUUCAGGUUUUCACAGUACUUUGCAAUUUUGAUUAUUUUUCUUGCAACAAUAAUAACCACACUUUAAAAAAUGGGCAGUGGGAAUGGUAGAAUGUCAGGGCUUGACUUUGGAGAGCAUCUAAUCCAAACCCCUCAUUCUGCAAAAAAAUUCAGUUACUUGCCUGUAAUUUCAGAGCUAUUUAUUCUAGUGUCAGAAGCAGGACCUGUUGCCCUGGGCCUGGAGCAUCAGGACAAAGAGAGGCAGAGAGAGAGAGAGAAAGAGAGAAUGAUAUAAAUAGGUUCACAUAUUGAGGGCUGGAAGGGACAUUAGAUCCCAACCCCUUCAUUUUACAGAUGAAGAGUCUAAGACCCAGAAAAAUUAAGUGACUUGUCAAAGAAAGGAAGGGAAGUAGGAAGAAAGGAAGGAAACAUUUACUAAAUGCCUAUUAUGUGCAGAUACUGUGCUAAGUGCUUAACAAAUAUAAUUUCAUUUGAUCCUCACAAUAAUCACAGAAGGGAGCUACUGAUAGUAUUAUUGUUAAAUUAUCCCCAUUUUACAAUUAAGGAAAAGGAAGCAAACAGAGGUUGAGUGACUUGAUCAGAGUCUAAGCCCAAAAGGACAACAUUUUAGUCUGUGGAUAUGGAAACCAGGCAUAGGGUGCCAUCAGGAAAAAACAACUUGGAAUUGAAUCAAUGAGCUUCUGAGAGGGCACCUUUCUUGCUUGGGCCCAGAACUCAUCUCAGAACAUGGGAAGGACUGAGUCCAAAGAUUGAGUAACUAGUAUACCCAGUUGAAAUUGAGAAAAAAGAGAUUAAUGCAGCUCCUGACUUUGAAGUCAGAUGAAAUUUUUAUACUCAUCUCUGAUAGAAGAGGCCUUUUUAAAUUGUUUCUAGUAAAAGGGACAACAAAGGCAGUCUUUUAGUAUAUAUAAAGGUAGUCUUUUGUAGUAUUUUUGCAAUAAUAGAAGAUAUUUUUAAAAAUAACUUCUGGUUUCCUAGGUCUCAUUUUCUUCAUCUGUAACAUUAAUCCUCUAGUUUCUUCCAAUGCUACAUUUCUGAUUUUCCUCCUAAGAUUCAUUGGUCCAAUAAAGACAAGAAUAAGAUGGCAGAGACUAUUGGAUGGUACAAUGGAUGGAGCAUUGAGCCUAGACUUAGGAUGACAUGAGUUAAAAUCUGGCCUCAGACUCUUACUAGCUAGUGGCCCUAGGAUUGGCUCAGUUUCCUCAUGAGUAUAAUGGAAAUAAUAAUAGUACUACCUCCCAGAAUGGUUGUGAGGAUCAAAUAUGAUAAUAAUUAUGGAGUACCUAGCGUAGUGACUGGCACAUAGUAAGCAUGCUAUAAAUGUUAGCUAUUAUUACUAAGAUGAAAUCUUCACAAAACUUAAAAAUAAGCAAUUGAAUAACUUUCCAUUAGGGCAGCUAGGUAGCUCAGUGGAUGGAAUGCCAGCCUUGAAGUAAGGAAGACUCCUCUUCCUGAGUGCUUAUUACCACCUGACUCUGUUGGCCUCUAUUUCCUCAUCUGUAAAAUGAGCUCGAGAAGGAAAUAGCAAACCACUCUAGUAUUUUUGCCAAAAAAAAUCAAGUGGGAUUUGAAUUGAAAUGGCUGAAUAAGAAGAAAUUUUUUUACUCUGUGCAAAAACUCAAGAUUUCUGUCCAUUGGGACAGAUAGUGUGAUGAAAGAAAUAAAGACAUUUUCUUCAAGUAGUCCCAUUAUAGAGAUAGCUGGGGCUCUGGAAGAGAGAAGAAAGUGGGCCCACCUGUCCCUAAAGCCUGUAGGUUGAAUGGUGGUCAUUGGUCUGAACAUCUUGGGAAAUGGCCAAAGGCCAAAGAUUCCCCAUGCCACCAACUGAAGGCAGACAGUUCUGCCCUGCUACCAGAUAAGGGAAGCCUUUCUUUGAGAAUGUGACCGAAUUUACUUUGGAGUGAAUUCAGUGGCAAAGAUCCUAUGUUGCCCCGGGCCCCUCCACUCCCUACCAUUUUUCCCUUUUCAGUUCUUUUUCUCUUCUUUUAAUCUCACAAGAAGAAAAUUUCAAGGUAAGGCUCAUGUAUCAACAGUACUGUGUGGUAUUAUACUAAGAUAGUGAGAUAAAAAUAGCACAAUGAUACCGAUAUGAAAGCCGAAGAGGCUGGGCUGCAUUUGCUAGGUGAGCCAUAACUUAUAACCUAAAAGAAAAGAGCAGAAAGUUUCAUUUCAGCCUUGGCAAUUCAGUAGAAGGUUUUUGCACUUUGCAUAUUAGCUAAGUAAUAGGCCAUUAGGCCAUGUGGGAAAAGAGAUUUUGAAUCCAUAUUUCCUUUUUAUCUUACUGCUUUCCAUCGAGACAUGAUAUAUAAAAAGGACUGUAACAAUUGAAUGUAGACUGCAAAUGAACCAUUUUAUAAAGUAGAAAGCGUCUAGGCUCUUUGGACCCUGAGACUAUCUUUGGGGAUAAUCUGUAAGAAAAAAAAAAGACAUCCUUUCCAUGUACAAGUUUCCUUUGUGAAAAUGUUGCUGACUUAUACUCUGGAACUUUUUUUUUUGGCAAUCCUUUGAGCAUUUAUGAUUUAUUAUGAAAACUACCUCCAAGCAAAAGUGCCCUUUAAGCCAGACAAAAGACACCUCUGGUUAGCAAUACAGACUUGUUUAUUAUCUGCCCAGCUGGAUUAGAAUGGUUCCUAAGAGGAUGGCUAAAGACUGUACUGAAGACAGAACUAUCCAUUUGGUAAAAUACUAAUAGCAAAUAUGAUGAAGAAUUAACACAUACUCUAUAUGCUUCUAUGUAAAAUAAAAAGGAUUUAAAAAUA